AUGGAAAGGUCUCAGCGCAAAAUCGUUCAACAGCAAACUAUUGAAGCCUUCAAUAAAUUGAAGUACGUUCACCCACGUACUAAUAAAGAAAUCAAACUCAAUAAGGAACUUAUCGAAAAAGAAAUUUCCCAAGCGGAGUUUUAUAAAAAUGGUUCAAUCUUAGUUAGAGAAAAGGUUCCUGAAAUGCAAGAAGAACCGGUUAUAAAAGUGGUGGAAGGUGAUUGUCUAAUAAGGGCUUUGGAAUUGACGAGGGAAGGUUUUAAUCCUUUGGUGUUAAACAUGGCUAGUGCAACAAAUGCUGGUGGUGGUUACAAAAAUGGUGCGGGAGCCCAGGAAGAAAAUCUUUUUCGCCGUACAAAUCUUUAUCAAUACCAUGAACGUAACAAAAAGGAUUGGUACCCUAUACCAUUAUUAGGAGGGGUAUACUGCCCUAAUGCAACCGUUAUUAGAUCUAGCGAGCAAGAAAAAUAUGAAUUUUUGGAAGUUCCUAAGGUCAUUUCUUUUGUGGCAGUAGCAGCAAUGCGUCGCCCAAAAAUCAUCAAAGAUCAAUCUGGAGAAUUUACUUUAAGCCCUGAAGCAAAAACAAUAACUCGACAUAAAAUUCGAUCGAUCCUUAACAUAGGAUUAAUUCAUGGCCAUGAUGCAAUAGUUCUCAGCGCAUUUGGAUGUGGGGCUUAUGGUAACCCUCCAUCUACUAUGGCACAGUUAUUUUAUGAAAUCAUUUCAACCGAAUACGCUGGCGGUGGAGAGAAUUUGCCUAAGACUUACCGUCAUAUAUCUUUUGCCAUAUUUGAUGAUAAUAACGCGAGUAAAACGCAUAAUCCGGAAGGCAAUCUUUUACCUUUUCAAAAACGGUUUGCUAACGGCGUAGAGUACAAACAAAUUAAUAAUGUUGCUACCACAAUUUAUUCUACUUCGAACGCCUUACAAGAUAAUGAAUCAUCAGCACAUAAAAAUGAGGUUUACAGAAAUAAAACGAGUAAUAAUGAUCAAAGGAAACAAAAUCAAUAUCAACAUUAUGAAAGGAGAGGAGGAAAUUCACAAUUUCAUUCUUCAAAUAAUAGUCGACAAAUGACCUUGACCUCUUUUUAUCCAACACAAGAUCAAUUAUGCCAAUUGACAAAGAUGGGAUAUUCGGAGCCAAAUGUCAAACGCGCUUUCAAUAUGAAUAAAGGAAAUAUGGAAGGGGCUGUAGCAUGGUUGAAGUCAAAUGCUGAGCCUAAUGAACUUGAUGAAUUUGGUGAAACUAUAUAUCCUGAUCAUGAUGAUUAA